AGUCCAUUUAGACUUUUGAACUUUUGUUCAAAUCCCUUCACUUGAUUUAAGCCAUUUAACGUUUCUUUAAGUCUUAAUCAAUGUGGUUUUUAUUGGAAAAUAUUUUCAACCUCGCUUUGUACUACAGCAAUGACGGGUUUGCGGACGGUAGUUGCCAACUCAUAUCAGGAAAUGUGACUCAAACCUGUGUGAGUUGGGAAAUAGCUUGGACGUCACGUUUUGUCUCCACUUCGUCCAGGAAUCAGAAAAGCACAAAUUAGGGCCGCAGAACAGAAAGGACUUCUAUAGGUGCAGGCCUCCGAUUCUCCGCUUGGGCCAACUGCUUUGUAAGCGCGUCAGAGAUGCGGGCCAUCUCUAAGAAAGGUUUGGUCCUGGUCAUGAUCAGUGGUUUUCUGCUACUGAGCCUAAUUUACCUGUGGUUCCCGGUCAAGAAACAAAGCGUGGAUAUCGGUCUGACACAGAGAGGCCACAUAGAGAAGCUACUGAAGAAGAAGAAUAAGGACACCUUAAGCUCUUAUCACGACGUCCCCUACGUUUUAAAAGAGUCUGUGUCACGUCAGUUGGCGUACGGUACGUGUGAAUGCCAAGGUGAUGAGAAUAAAAUCAACCUGCCAUUACCACGUAUCCUGUUCCCUAGAGUGUGGGCAAACAAUCUCAACCAUGCAUACCUUGAGUCCGACCCUGACCCAGGGGGGGUGAUAGGACGCAGGGACAAGGAGUACAGUGCCUUCCAGAGAAGGUCCUACUCUCCAGCAGACCUUCUCAUCGUAGCGGAGGCCAACAGUCCACUUCAAUACCCCACCCAGGGAGUGGAGGUGAGGCCCAUGAAGACCAUCAUUAUUCCUGGGUUGGGUCUCAAACAAGAUCCAAGACCUACACAUACGGUGAACCUGAGUGUGACGAUGGGGACACUGGACGUGGCCGCCACCGUUGUCGGCGUGUCCAUCUCAGGAGCAGGCCAGAACACCAUGGGGCUGUCCAGCUCUGUUCUGUCCCAACUCAACAGGCAGCUGCAGUUUGUCACCUACACCAACACCCUCUUCCACCCCAAGACGGCCGACACAGUUCUGUAUGGUAGUGGAGGGCACCAGGCAGCUUUCACCAUUAAAGUGGGUCAUAGGGCCAACCCUAAACUUUUCAACUCGGGUACAAAUGAAGGAUACAACAUAAGUGCCCUCGUUACCAUAGCAACCAAGACCUUCCUACGUUAUGAUAAACUUCGAGAUAUGAUCGACAGCGUACGGAAGUACUACCCGACCGUCUUGAUAGUGAUCGCAGACGACAACGAGCAUCCUCAACCGGUGACCGGGCCUCACAUCGACCGAUACAUCAUGCCCUUCGGAAAGGGUUGGUUUGCGGGGAGAAACCUGGCCGUCUCGCAGGUGACCACCAAGUAUGUGCUGUGGGUCGACGAUGACUUCUUGUUCACCGAAAGCACUAAGCUUGAGAAGAUGGUGGACAUCCUGGAGAAGACCACAUUAGACCUGGUAGGAGGUGCAGUAACAGAGGUGACUGGUUACUCUGCGACCUACCAGCACACCUUUUCCGUGGAUGAGGGGGGCUCUGAGGGGGACUGCCUCCACAUCAGACAGGGCCAUUACCACUCCAUACAGGGGUUCCCCAACUGCGUGGUGGCCGACGCCGUGAUCAACUUUUUUAUGGCGAGGACGGACAAGAUACUUAGGGUUGGGUUCAACCCCCGGCUCUCACGGCGUGGCCACUUAGAGUUCUUUGUGGACGCGCUGGGAUCCCUCCAUGUGGGCUCCUGCAGCGACGUGAAGAUAGGCCACGCGUCGAAGAUCGUCCUUCCCUGGAGCAAGUCAGAGUCUGCGAAGAGCUACGACAGGUUCCGUUACUCCUCCACGGACAGCGAAGGAAGGAUGCAUACUGAGGUGUAUUACUUUAAGAACAGGUUGAAGUGCAUGAGCAGUAACUGACACAUGCCUCAAUGUUGUGGCACUGCCAACUAGGAGUAAAAAAAUGACCGGGGUUGUUUGGUGUUUGGAAGAGGAACACAGAUUACCUAUGAGCUCAACUCAAGAGAUUUCUAAGAAUGCUUUCUUUCUACUUUCUCUAAGAAUUAUUUUCACCAUAAAUCGAGGACAAGAGCCUUUUCCUAUUUUUCUACGUGAUGAAUAUGCUUCUGGUUACUCAGGGAUAUGUUUAUUAACAUGAUGAAUCUAUAAAAAGCAAUACGGCACAAAAUAUUUCUGAAAACUGAUAUAACUUCACUUCGUUUGAACGUGUAGGCCUACUGCUCUGCCAUUUUCAAGAACCCGCCCAGUGAACGCAGAGGAUUGUGGGUAGUUUUGGCUCAUCGAGGAUGCAGCGAUGCAUCCAUGAAAAAUCUCGGAAUUCUCAAAAACAAAGGACGCAAAAAUGGCGCGGCUUUCGAGUGUCCUCAACAUUGGAACAGUGCUUGUCGGCGUUCUAUGACGUAGCGUCCUUAAAAGGGCGGCCGUUGAGCAUGCUUCCUUGACAUUGGGAAACAGCCAAUAUCUGUAUCUGGCACGUCAUGCCCUAGGGAGUGGCUAGGCGCCCAUGAUGCGGAAGCAAAUCUCUCCUUGAUGUUGCGCCAUUGAGCAGGGGCCUCUACGAAUAGUCAAAUGCCUCUUUCCUUAACCUUUGUGGAAAACGUCAUCGGGUCAAGGAGGGAUGAAAGGUGCUUCCUUUCGAACAUAGGAAAAGACAGCGCUGUGAAUUCGACUCCACUUUUCCCAUUGCGCGACGGUGAGUAUUGCUGAUCUCUAGCGUCUCUACGGUGGAACUACAAUUUUCCGAAGUUGGUCUACAACAAGCGCUCUUUUGAUCCAUGCGUUCUUGUCGUGUUGAUUUCAUUCAGGUUGUCGCCAUGCUAACAGUGAGAAUCACUUAGGUCGGACUUGGCCAACGAAAAUAUUUUAGGCCAGUUGAAAACCCAAUUCACAUGUGAAAAAAAAGCUCAAUUUAUGUUGACGUUGAAAUUAACUGCCCCAAGUAGUCUUUCUUAAAAGUCUGAAUUUUAUUUUCUUAUUCUUAUUAUAUUGUCUGCUUAAUAACCAGCAAUAAAUGAUUUCAUUUCGAUUCAAAUAAUAUAUUUCUGGAAUUGGUAUCCAGACCAUUAUUAUCAAUUGUAUUUUCUUCUCUCUUCUGCUUUACCGCGUCUCUCAUGCGUCUUCGCGUAGAGUCGGUAAACUUCAUCGGUGGCAUGUUGCUUUAAAUAUUGCCGACUUAAAGGAUUAUGGGAUACCACUAUCUCCUUUCCUUUCGCAAAGGUUGCUCAGGAGUAACCUAUGCUAAAGGAGGGUUAAAGGAAGCAUCGAGGCUCCUUUCCUAAGCAUUUUUAGAAUUCGAACCUUUCCUCCAAGCACUUCCAGGUCAUCUCCAUAGGAAAGAAAAUUUCCUAUGCAAAAAAGAGAAUUCGUAGAGGCCCCGACCCUGGUGUCCGAGGCAUCUGGAUCACACCAGAGCGAAGAGUUGCGUCACUCUGAUCUCGCCGGAAGGGUGGUCACGUGGUUCAUGUAAGCCUGUAUAGUUCCAAAACACGCCGCGCUGCCGUGUUCUUCAAUGGGACUGUCAGCAGCGAUUGCAAUAUAUAUAUAUAAUAUAUAAUGGUAAAUAUAAAUUAAAAAACACAUACCCAAGUACUUUUCUGACUAUUGUUGCAUUUUUGUAAAUGUCAGUUUUACAUUUGGAGUGGUAGGGUGACAACUGCAAACUACCCUCCUGUUAUGUUCCGGGUCAAAUUGACCCGUUUUUAAGUUUGAAGAUCUAGGAAAAAUAGUUCAGUAUGAAACUUCUUCUGCUUGCCUUAAUUAGUGUAAUCAACAUAUAAUAUGAAAAUAGUUCAUCUCACAUAUUUGCAACCACCCCCUGCAUGUUUAUAUCACAUAGAUACUGUUCGGGUCAAUUUGACCCAGCAGUAAAACUGGAGGUAAAAGGGUGUCAGAAAUGUCAGACUAAUUCUUUCUUUACAACUGUGAGACAUAUUUCACCCAAUUCACACACACACGCGCACACACACCUACGCGCACACACACACACCUACGCACACACACAAACGGGUGCAAUUUUUAUGACUUUUGACGAGAACCAUUUAUGUUCUCUGUUCUCGUGGGAAAACUCCAACCACAUUCAGUGGACACUCGACAGGGGAGGGUCCAAACUAGGGCUGUAACGAUACGCGUAUCGAAACCGAAAUCGCGACACUCAAAGCCACGAACCUGUCUCGCGGUGUGAGAAGGCAGAAGCACGAUAUGCCCUUUCUAACUCUCCGGUCAAAAUGUCCGAUUGAAAUUUGCUAAUAAUUGUCUAAAUAAUAGUCUGCUGACAGCGCCCCCUCCUAUGCCUUAAGUAUGCGACGAGAUGCCCUCUCUGUGAUGACCGCUCUCCGUGGCUACGGAGGAUUGCAUUUCUCCACAGCCGUCGAAGGCCCAAUCCCGUUUCUUUGCUCACUGUCUCAACCCUACAUCUCAACCCUAACCCUAACCCUUACCCUCAUAGCUCAUGCUCAUUGCUACCCCUAACCGAUCCCCUACCAAAUGGGACAACCCUACCCUGUGACAUCAUCAUGGCCUCCCCGUGCCCCCUAGCAGAUAACCAGACCCCUGGUAAUGUUACAAGAGACAGACUGGCUGCCAUUGUCUCGGGCAACGAGCAAGACCCAUUGUAAAGAUGUUUAACCUGAAAUGGUAUUUAAAUUUUGUAAUUGGCAUGUUUAAAUAAAGGAUUUUUUUAAUACUAUUUGUCCCUCGUAAUAUACCUUUAUUUUGAAUGUCACUUAGCUACAUGUUAAAGGUGGUAUUAGGGUGCACUCACACUAGGCCAUCUGGCCGUGGCCGUUGGCCGUUUUCACACCUAACCGUGCUCAAAUGGCCCCAUUGUUCUCUGGCCUGCACUCACACUAGGCCAUCUGGCCGUGGCCGUUGGCCGUCGCAGCUGUGGCCUGGCCACGGAAGGCUCUUGUACAUACGUCAUCACGUCGUAACACGUCAUCACCAAGCGUCCGCUGCAUGGACCAUAAUAAAGUCUGCCGCCAGUCAGAGUUUUAACAACAAUGGACAACAACACAGAGAACACACCAACAGUUGAACCGCUUGACGCGAUGUUUACCGUUUAAUGGGAAAGAAGGCUCGUCGCCUUUAUUAUGUCCGUGGUCGUCGCAUUGACUAUACGUCAUCCAGCUCAGGUUGCGUAGCCGUGCGUGUGCGCGUGUCGGCUCAUUAGCAUCUGUACCGUAGCGGCCCGUGCCGUAGCAGCACACCUCUCCCAAGGAGCCAAAUUGGCCUGGCCUGGCCA